GGGUUUCCACCAAUCACAGCGCAUGCACACUUCCGCUGGCCCAUGCUGAAGCUGCCACUCAAUCAGGACUGCAACAAACCACAACAAAAUAAAGCGCAAACUUAGCACUGCGACACGGCGCAGCAACUGGGACACACUUUAACUCGACAUGGAGGAGGAAGAGGGUCCUGUAGAUGGCGAGGGCGACCCCCUGUUCGCUGCCGAGACAUACGCCGCCGAGGCUAUGGCUGCGGACAUGGACCCUUGGAUUGUCUUCGACUCCCGCAGAACCCCCAGAUCUGAGUUUGACGACUGGCUGGAGAGCAACCGGCCCUCCCAGGUGUACCGGCACGGGGACCUGGAGAGCGGAGUGAGCCCUGUGGGGUGGAUCGCUGUGCUUGGGCCCACCCACUGCCCCAGUGCUGGAGACAUAACCGGCCUGCAGGAGAGCUGGGAGAAGCUUCUGGACAGCAGGCGCCCGGUCAAUUUUGAUACAGUCAAGGAGUUAGCGCUAAACCAUAACGUGCUAACUGGAAAGUGGCUCAUGCACCUAGACUCUGGGUUCAAGCUGGAUCACGCGUGGAGUUGUGUGGCCAGGGCGGCCCUCGAUGGGAAAAUUUCUCUUGUAAAAGUCAGCCCAUUUAACCCCAAGUCUGACAAAAAGCAGGUGAUUUGUGCCUACAACCAGAACUUCACGGACGAGAGUGAGGUCAUACGGCUGGAUUCCAUAAUUCGUGCGACGGGAAUCAAGUGUCCGCUCACCUACAAGCCAGAUGUAUACACUUAUCUGGGAAUCUAUCGAAACAAUCGCUGGAAGCUCUGUCCCACUAUAUUUGAGAGUAAAUUUGACCUUGAGUGCGUGCCCCGACGGUCACACAUUGUCAACAAAGUCACUAAUCUGGAAGUAACUUAAAACUUUAGGUAUUCACAAAGACUAAAAAUUCUUUGGUUCAAAAUCAAUGGUGGUUGAUUUUUUUUUUUUUUUUUUAAUUCAGAGAUUUCCCUUUGUCAAAUAGCCACAGCACCUCAUUUUAUUUAAGAGAUGUUCUCCAAGUUGUUUGUAUUAAUAAAACAAAGUAAGACAUCUUUCAGUUCUUAAAAUGUGCUGCUGGAAGAUGAUUUGAUUUGGUCACAAAUAUUCGUGUAUCUCUUUGAUUUGGUUGGUUUGAUAAAAAUUUGGCAAAUAAAUCAUACUUCUAAACUGCCAAGCAUUCUGAAAUCAUUAUUUUGAGUAAUGUUGAAAUAUCCAUGUAACUAAGACCUUUUUUGGUUUGUGUCCACAUAUUAAAGUUAAUGUGCAAUACCUUUCAAAUAAAACCACUUCAGAAAUCUCUUGGAUGUUAAAAUGUGGUUCCACUCAUUAGAAUAAAAGUAAUACAAUGACGUAGCGUCACAGUACUAACAUUUCAAACUUGAUUUCAAUGCUAAGGAAUAGACUUGAUACUCAAUACCAGUUCCGAUACCGCGAUGAUAAUAAAAAGACUCAUUAUUUAGACAAUAGUAAGUGAUUUUCAACAUCAAAUAACAGUACUUUGUUUUAUUUGGUCUUAUAUCUGUGUAAUCUCCCAGUCGUCCAGAUAGAUUUCAUAGUGGUCCUUGGGCGUAUACUAGUCUGUGAUCUUAUAUUAGUUCUAAAUGCACUGCUAGGCCAAAAAAAAGUCGCCACCUGGAUGUAACUAAGCAAAUAGGUACAAGCCUCCUCCAGUUGGUCAGGUCUAGGUUCAGCAACAGUAUGUGCUCAAAGAAUAGGUCAGCUGACUACCUGAAUAUACUGAAUGACCAGGUUAUUCCAUCAAUGGAUUUUUUUCUUCCCUGAUGGAACGGGCAUAUUCCAAGAUGACAAUACCAGGAUUCAUUGGGCUUAAAUUGUGAAAGAGUGGUUCACGGAGCAUGAGACGUCAUUUUCACACAUGGAUUGGCUGCCACAGAGUCCAGACCUUAACCCCAUUGAGAACAUUGCACAGUGGUCAGACUCUACCACCUCUACCACCAUCAAUGCAAGAUCUUGGUGAAAAAUUAAUGCAACAUUGGAUGGAAAUAAAUCUUGUGACAUUGCAGAAGCUUAUCGAAAGCAAAGCUAAAGGCGGUCCAACGAAAUAUUAAAAGUGUGACCUUUUGUUUUUGUUUUUUUUUUUUUGGUGGUGAUUUUUUUUUGGCCAGGCAGUGUAUAUAUAGCUCAAGACUCUAAAGGUAUUCAGGAAAGGUUCAUUUCUGUCCUAAUUAUGACUUUUUUGUAACGAGUGCCUAUAUUCUAUCCCUCCUUUUUUUAACGCAAUUUUGUUAAGUUAUUUUAUCUGCAGCGCUAGUGUUAUCCUCUGUUUCUCCACUAGAGGUAGACAUUGUCAUUGUAAGUUUACUUCUUUAAGUUCUUUAGAAUUUGAUUUGUAUUCGGCAGUGCCAUCUAGCGACCUUCACCUGUAAGUAGCAGGCAAGUUCGUGGAAGCGCCAAACUGCAAACAGCACUAGAGGUGUUCACGUGAAAACACACAUCUGCUCUUUUCUCGGGAAACCCUUGAUAAGACAUAAUCUGUAAAUUACACGUGUCUAAAAUGAUGUAUACUUACUGUAUUAUUUCUUGUAAAAUUGUAUGUUGAGGUAAUUUCUGUAUAACAACGUUUUUCUCUGUUAAUGAGAGCAAGCUAACUGUGAUGCUGAUCUACCGUUAUCAGUUUGUGUAAUUCUUGUAUAUUUAAAUACUGAAUGGCUUUCUCAUUUCUGAUUUGCAGUUUUACAAAUAAUCAUCGAAUUUAAAGAUAUCCUGUUAUUGUUUCUGGAGCCAUUUUGAUGUUAAUCUCGCUGUCUGCAAUUUGGUUAGAAAACACUUGCUUAUUUAUUUAUUAUAUUAUAUAUAUUUGGCUGAUGGCAGAAGAAUUUUGUUUCAAUAAUAGUUUUAGUAUCUGAUAUCUACAAUCCUACAAUAUCAUAAUCUCUUACCUAGAAUAGUAUAAAUGUAUCAACUACAUUUGGUUUUGAGUGGAUUGAAUGACCCUUAAAAUAAUAUGAACAAAUUCUUUACUUAAAUAAAAUACAAAAAUCGAAUAUUAAUAUCCAGUUG